AAAAAAAGCCCCAGCAGGCUGUGCUUUCAAAAGACCCGAGGAGACUAUAAAAGUGGUGUCGUGCCCGCUGCUCGCCUCGAUACGCGCUCAGGGAGACGGAGGGGAAGGAGGGCAGCACACUCGUCAGAACAACACACACACACACACACACACACACACACACGCGAGCUGUGCUCGAAGUGUAUGUGUCAAAGUUGGAGACAAACGAGGAGCUGGGGUGAAGGGGCGGCAUUUCUCUUCCGCUCACUCAGGAUUCGAAGAAUAAACAAAAGCGCAUUUACGCACGGACACUCGCGCGUCAGGAGCCGUGAAUAGGAUGCGAGGCUUCUCCCGGCGACCCGCUGCUGUUUGACACGUCCCCCCCGCGGGCUGGAUCCGCCGCUCGGCUUGUGGGCGUCCUUCUUCUGUCCCGGGGAAGUCGGGGGGCUCGUUUAGAAACUUCUGCGGCCGUCCGGCUGCUCGAUGCCGCGGGAGAUGCGAGCGCGCCGGCGGGGGAGCGUGUCCGCGCUCUGCGGGAGAACGUGGCUCUGGACGGCGCUGCUCCUCUGGCUGGCCGCGUGUGUGGACGGGACCUGGAGGACGGGACUGUACAAAACCUACUCGGUCGGGACGCAGCUGAGCCGCGACCAGACUGCAGCCUCUCACACCUCAGUCUACCAGAAAAGGAACUGGUGUCCUCAUACGGUCACGAAGACGGUGACGUGCCAGGUGCAGAAUGGGACGGUCCUGCAGCGAGUCUACCAGACGUGCCGCUGGCCACAGGGAUGUACGGGUGGGAGCUAUAGGACCGUUGUCAGACCGUCCUAUAAAGUGGUGUACCGCACAGUGACGUCUCUGGAGUGGAAAUGCUGUCCAGGAUUCAGUGGCGCUGCCUGCGAAGAAGAUGCAGGGAACCAGCUUGUGGCUCAGGAGGCAGUAAGGAAACCAUCUACACUACGCCGGCCGCCUGCGCGCACAGUCGAACCAAUCUCUAACUGUCUCAACUGCAGCCGAAUCACAGCUUUGAGUGACAGGCUGAACUCACUGGAGGCGAAGGUCCAAUUAAUCACUUCCCCGACCUCCACAUCGCAUCGCCACCUUCAGGGAAAAGGAGCAACUGUACCAGAGGCCUCAUCGUUGAUAGGGGCUGUGCCCGCUCAGGGAGCUCCUGGGGAGCAGGGACCCGCAGGUCCUCAGGGUGAAAAGGGGAGAGAUGGGCUUCCUGGCAGAGAGGGGAAGCCAGGGUCUCGGGGGCUGCCAGGUCCCAGUGGGCCUCGCGGAGAGGGCGGGACAAGGGGCCCAUCUGGAGCCCCUGGAUCAAAGGGAUCCACAGGACCAGCAGGUCCCCGUGGUCCAUCGGGACUCCCAGGAGAGAGGGGUCUACCAGGCCCGCCUGGGCCUCCAGGGCCUCCAGCACCUGCCAGUGCCCACAUCCCAGACCCAGACCACACUCGAGGAAAAGACCCUUUCUUCACCAACACUUUCCAUGACUCACGAGGUCUACCAGUUCCAGGACCUCAGGGCCCCGCUGGGCCUGUCGGUCCCCCAGGUCCCAAGGGCCCAGUAGGACCUCCUGGUCCAUCAGGACAGAAUGGGAAACCUGGAGCUCCUGGAACACAGGGCCCUGUGGGGCCAAAGGGAGAGCGCGGGGAGAGAGGUCCUUUAGGUUACCCAGGAGAGAGGGGUUUCAGAGGCGAGUCGGGAGCACCGGGUCCCAAGGGAGAGCCAGGAGAGAAGGGCUUGCCGAGCAAUCUAAAUGGGGACGGAAUACAUCAGAUCAGAGAGGCGCUGAAGAUCUUAGCCGAGAGGGUUUUAAUCCUUGAGACUAUGAUCGGUAUUCAUGAGCCUGAUCUAGGGUCUGGGGAUGGACCGUUUGGCACAGCCUCCCCUAGUUUCUACAGAGAUAAACGAGCAGGUGCGCUCCCAUAUCGACUUGCUUCUCCUCUAUCCUCCGACACCAAGGUUCGAGGGAAGUAGCUACCCCCGCUCACCCUGAGGAUCACGGGCUGGGUUGACUCCCCUUCCUAUAGGUCUCAUCGGCACUCAACAGAUUUAGACCUUAUCUGGUACCUUCUCUGGGCUGUACCAUCAGAUUUAGGAUGGGGGACACCUCAGGGAAACUCCACUGAUACUCCACAAUGCUCCUCCUCUAUCAGGAACUUGAGAACUAGUUUGACCCCCCCACACACACAUGAUGCCAUAACCACACACUCAUCUAUACAUAAUACACCCAGAUGUACCCUGUGUGUCUCAUUUCCUUUGGCUACAGAACUGGAGCCUCAGAUCAUCAUCAUGUUUGAAAAAAGGAAAAUCUGAAUAGUCUGUUGUGCUCCUCGAGUGCAAACAGUUCUGGACAAUAGGGGUCAUUCAGAGUAAUCAUUUGAAGGAGAAAUCAGAUGUGAGAAAAAGAGACUGGAUUUGAGUUUGUAUUGCUUUCACAAUGUAACUGCAAUCUGACGAGAUUCCAUUAUUUAAGUAUAUUGAGCAUGUACAGUUUGCAGGACACAAUUUCAUAAACAAACCUCUUCUAUUAUUAAUUUUGUUAUACUUCUAUCAUAUUGUUUAACUCAAUGUUAUGUAGUGCACUAAAAAUGAAGUCAUCUCUUCUCUUACUGAGAUAAAUGUUGCUAGCAGUGAUUUUGUGGUUUUCUGGUGUGAGUGUUAUAAAGUACACACAGAUGAAUAUUUACAUUUAAGCUCUUUAAAAAAUGCACAAAUAUUUGCAUUUGAAUUUGGCUUCAUAUCAAUGGAAACAAUAAAUAAUGUUGCAUUCUGAGAACAAAACAUGUUGAAAUUCAAUCUGAUCCAUUUCAAGAAAUAUUAACGCACACACGGGAAAUAGCUAAACUUUUACUGGAACUUGAACAUAUUUUUACCACUGCUGUGUUGGUAAACUUAAACUGCUUAAACUGUCCUGAUGAAAAGACUUGAUAAUUGUUUUUUCAUCUUAUAUCAAACUUAUUGUGAAACUAUUUAAAAGGAUCAAUUGUAGUUCAUUUUGUAUGCUGUUGUGUAACCGUCUCAUAUUUUGAUUUUUUUUCUUGCAAAUGUGUUAUUGUGUUGAGAUAAUCCUGUCUAGAUGAUCAGUGUAAUAAAAUAAUGUUCAUUGUUUUUUAAAAAACAUGUCGCACCUUCAUUUGUGUUUCAUCAAUAUUGAUUUAAUCAAUAUCAUAACAUAAAUAAAUGACAUCCACUCUC